CUCGCUCAGCGCAGAUCUCACAACAUACCGAUGGGCUACUCACAGCUCAGUUAGACGCCGCCAACUCAGUAGAUCAUUUGAAAUGCGGCUGUGCGCAUGACUGUUGCGAAACAACCGCUCAUGCCUCACUGACUGCUGCAGACAUGGCUGACAAGACGCCGAAGGAGUCUGAUGCUCCCAUUGCAACCAGGAUAGACCCGACUAAAGAGGGUCUUUCUCGAGAACAGAUGUAUUUCAUCCGACAAGUAGAGCUUGAACAGUGGAAGAAGAAAACACAGAAGUUGCGCACACGAAAUGUUGUGACAGGACUCGCCAUUGGAGCACUCGUUCUGGGCAUUUAUGGCUACACGUUUUACUCGGUUUCCCAGGAGCGGAUCAUGGAUGAAAUAGAUGAGGAGGCCAAGCGAGCGAGAAUGCAGGGACCGAAGACUGGUGCCAACUGAGAUGCAUGUGUUACCUGCUUGUUGUUGGACUGUGUGUCUGUCCUGCACUUAACUGAGAAGGGACUUAUGUGGACUCUGAUGCCACUGAUUUAUAUUCCAUGGCUGGCUGCUGUUUUUCAUGUUAAGACAGCGUUGGACUUUGUUUUUUUUCUUGAUUGUGAAGGGUAAUUGUGUGGUUCCGCUGCUGACUGAAAACUAGAUGUCUUGAUUUUUAUCUAGUUUGCCUGUCAGUGGAAAGGACUAAUCCACUGACCUUAACAAGACCUUAUAUGCUACCCAGAAGGCCCAGACUGUAGAGUAAUUACAACCCUUACCUUACAAGUUUGCAGCCCUGAUCAUGUGAUGUGCAUACAGUAGGAGGGGAAUAUCCUAAAUUCCAGUCAACUAAUGAUACUUAAAUCUACAGUGGCCUUUUAUAGCAGAAAAUGCCAGUGACACUGCUGAAAUGACACAUGGAUCAGCCUGUUGAAACAUAUUUAUGUCGAUAAAGUGAUGAUUUGUAAAAUAAAAAUCUAAUGUAUUUGAUUUUUUUUUAACACAA